AUGACCGCAGGUCCAAACUGGGAAGUUGAGACCAGUGACGAUCUUCCUGCCACAUACGCCAAUGAGAGCAGGAAGAUUCGGUCGAUUAUGAAGUCCGAUUUGGAAGCAAAGGCUCCAUCUGUAGUCCACUCGUUGGCAAAUGACGAUUCUUCCCCAGUCCAGUGGAAAUGGGAUGGCCCACGUCGAGUUCGUGAUGUCAUGGCCAAUUCCCCUGCAUCGAUCUUGGAUUGGUACAGUUUCCACCUAUGA